UCAGAGCUGAUUGUUAUUCAGUGGGGAAGGGAACUUAGACCCAAAGUAACACUCCAGGGUUCUUGCCACUAGUGGGUUCUUGGAGAGGUGGUGUGUUUAGGAUCUGAAUGAUGGCAUCUCAGGUUUAUUUGAGGGCACUUUGCUUGCUGUUAAUAAUGGGUGUCUCUUGCACUGAAACCCAGAAAGGUCCAGGCUUUGGUGUUUCUUGGCAACAGUACCCUAGUGCCAUUGAUAAGCGUACCGGUUCCUUCCAGCGUGGAAAUGCUGCUGGGGACUAUGAGCCCACCUCAAACCAGCCUGGUUCUGGCACCUAUAUUUCUGGCCUCGUAGCAAGUUCCCCAAGUAGCUAUAACCCUGUUGUGGUGAAACCAACCCCUAGUAACUUCUGGCUCAAAUACCUGAGCUCAGGCAGGUAUGCCUCCAGUAGUGCUGAGCCUGUUCUGAACACUUCUGGUUCACCCAGUGACUCUAGUUCUUCCAAGAGCCUUAAUUACCAGGCUGGCCUUCCAGGGUACAGGUCUCGUUCUGGUCAGCAGGUGGGAUCUUGGCAUAACUUUGCUCAGGGAAGUAUGCCUGUAUAUGGUUCAUCACAAGGUGGGUCUGGUUUUGUCCAGUUGGCUACUUAUCCAGUGGCACAUGGUUCUGCCCAGAGCAGCUAUAGUGUUUCUCCAAGCAGAAGCUAUAGCACUACCUUGGGAAAUAAUGGUCUUGCAGUGAAUUCUGGUUCUGCUCAGGCUGACCAUGGCUCAGGUCAGCAAGCUGCUGGUUUUGGAUCACUGUUUGCAUCUGGUUCUCCUGGCAGGUAUGCUUUCCACCAUAUGCGUCCUGCUGCUUCUUGGCCACCCUCUAGAUCAACAUUAGUCCCUUCUGGUUCUGCCCAGAGUGUAGCAACCCUGCCUUCACUGGGGACUGCUCAAGUCAUCUACCGUUCUGGUCUAGGCAUGAGCUCCCAGGGUGUGUCUAGUUCAGCUGGCAGGUUUGUUUCACCACAGGGUGGUGCUUCUGGUCAACUCUCAGUUCCCCAGCUGAGUCAUGGUGUUGGUCAGAGGCCUCAAUCCCAGAGCUGCUAUGGCUGUACUGGCAGCCCUGUUUCCUGGACUCAAGGAUCCCAAGCAUCCUCUGUCCCUCAGGUUUAUCCUCCAUCAGUCCAGCUGAUUGACACUCCAGCUGUCUCUGGUUCUCAGACUACUGGUUCAUGCUCUGGUUGUCCCCAGAGCACAAUGUCUCAGGUGGGGUAUGGCCCAAGACAUGCAUACCAGGGCAUGUCAGUCUCUGGCCAACAAACAGGGGCCUGGUCUCAGUAUGGUUCUGCACAGACUACACCAUCCCAGGUGGGCUAUGGCUCUAGUGACAACUAUGGCUUGACCCUGGGGCAGAUCUCCCAGACCAGCUAUGGUCCUGGUCAGACAACAGGAACCCAACCCCAGUAUGGUUCUGCACAGACUGUAGCAUCAGACCUAGGCUAUGGAUCUCCUGCCAGCUAUGGUUCUUCACUUGGUGAAGUUGCUCAGACAAGAACCAAAUCUGAGUAUGGUUACCCACAAACUGUGGGUUUGCAGGUGGAUUGUGGAUUGGAUGGCAGCUCUGGAUUAACCCUGGGGCAGGUCUACCACAGAAGUUCUCCUCAACAGAGAAGGACUCGGAUUAGUGUUGGUACACAAGCUGGUUUUGGUUCUGCACAGCAAGCCUUUGAUCAAGGUACAAGUGUCCAGAGCAGAUAUGGAGCUGCUCAGAGCUCUGGCUCUCACACCCACUAUGGGUCUGCCAGGGGUUCUGGUUCUACUCAAAAUGUAGCUUCCCAGCAUUUCCCUAUGGCCUCUUACAGUAGCUGCACCCCUGUCCAAGGGGUGGGCUCCCAGCCUCUUUCUGGCUUAGCUAGCAGCUAUGGUUCUGCACUGGGUUUGGGCUCCCAGUUUGCUUCUGCAUCUGUUCCUAUCGCUUCUAAUCAAGCUGGAGGAUCUCUGCUUGGCUCCAUCUCAACUGGGUGUGCUAGCUCUACCCAGGGUGGCUCUGAACUUGGCUCAUCCCAGCAAGUAGCUUCCCAGGUCACUUCCAGUUCAGCUCAAGGUGUUGGGUCACAGGUGGAUCAGAGUUCUACUCAAACACUAGGCUUCAACCUUAACUCUGGUUCUGUUCCAAGUGGAUGGCCCUUUGGCAACAGUCAAUCCAGGACAUACAUUCCAGGGAAAGGACUGUGAUCUUCAAUCUUGAUGGUACUUGAUUGCUCUUCAUGAGCUGAAGAGAUUAUGCAUGUCUUUUAUAAAUAAAUAUUCUUGCUU